AUGAAUAACAUUCUCGAUAUUAUUAAUGAUAAUAUUAAUGACAGCACAAACGAUAAAUAUAAAUUAUUAAUAAAUUACAUUGACGAGAACACACGUAUAUUAUUUGAUAUUAUAAUUAAUAGAUAUUCAAACGAGUUUGCGAUUGAAGAAUUAAUUUAUUAUUAUAAUUUAUACCGACACGCGAAUGAUCCAGCGAAUUGGAUCACAGUUUUAAUGCAUGAAUGCGGGUUUGCAAUCGGCAUAAUAACCCGCAUUAAAAGGGAGGGGGUUUUUAAUUUAACUCCAGCUGAUUUUAAGCUGGUCCUCCCCUACCUUGAUGAUUUUUGGGCCCGGGAUGGCCUUGCCGGAGCUUGGGAUAUACUCCUUGAAGUAUAUCGCAAGCAAAAUGGAGAGAUUUAA